GAGAGCGUGAGAGAAAUGCAAAGUGCGACGCGACCAUUUCAAAGCGAGGUUCUCGCAAAUCAGGAGUCCAAUCUCUAAUCUUGUCUAGAGAGACAAGAGAGAGAAAGGCACGAGCAUGGCGAUGAUAUUACAAGGAAGCAUUGUCGGUGUCCUCCUCCUCCUCCUUAUGCUGCUUCUGAUCCUCCUCCUUAUCCUCCUCGCCUGUAAACCAUGGCGCUUCUUCUCCUCCCUCUCUUCCCCUUCUCGCGCGCUUAAGGUUGGUGACUUAGAGAGGCCCCUUGUCUUGGAUGAUGCAAAUGCCCAUGGCCAAAGCAAUGAAUCAACUAGAAGUAAUGAUCUAGAGGGAGCAUGUGGUCAAAAUGAAGGGCUCUUGCAUUCACCUCGAAUGCAUGACCUUGUAUAUAAACAGAGGCUUCCUUCCGCAUCUCUCCAAUUGAACGAAGGUGAUAGUGUUGUUUUAAAUUCAGACCCGAUAGAGGAUCUUUCAGUUGGCCAGACCAUCAGGUUCCUUUCAUUGACAGAGCGCUUAGCUGAAGUGCAAACACAUGUUAGACAGGAAGAUCAGAAUCCUAACUUGAAAAAUGAUUUACUUCAAGACUUAGCGCCUAAGGCCAUCGCUGAUCAAAGAAGUUGUCUCUCUCUGGAAGUCAUCUCCGGUCCUUCUUGUGGACUCCGUUGCUCUGUACAGCCAACAAGUGCUUCGAGGCUUCCACUGACCCUUGGAAGGGUUUCCAGUGACUUGCUAUUGAAGGAUUCAGAGGUGUCGGGGAAGCACGCGAUGAUCAACUGGAACGCGGAUAAAAAUAAAUGGGAGUUGGUAGACAUGGGUAGCCUCAAUGGAACAUUUUUGAAUUCUCAGCUGAUUAGCCAUCCUGAUUCUGGAAGUAGACAUCGGGGUGACCCUGUUGAGCUUUCAAGUGGAGAUAUAAUAACUCUUGGCACAACCUCAAAUGUUCAUGUCCAUGUGACAUCUAAAUCUGAGUGUCAGACACCCUUUGGCAUAGGUAUAGCAUCAGAUCCCAUGGCUUUUCGCCGAGGAGGAAAGAAGCUUGCCAUGGAAGAUGUGUGCUAUUAUCAGUGGCCCCUUCCUGGCAUUCCCCAGUUUGGAGUGUUUGGUAUUUGUGAUGGACAUGGUGGAGUAGCUGCUGCAAAAUCUGCUAGCAAAAUGCUUCCUGAGAAGGUUGCCAGUAUUCUAUCAGAUUCUCUUAUAAGGGAGAGGGUUUUAUCGCAAUGUGAUGCCUCAGAUGUUCUUAGAGUUGCAUUUUAUCAAACUGAAGCUAAUAUGAAUAACUAUUACGAGGGUUGUGCUGCAACAGUGCUUCUGGUUUGGGCUGAUAGCAAUGAAAAUUUAUUUGCACAAUGUGCAAAUGUUGGAGACUCAGCUUGCUUUAUGAAUGUUGAUGGGAAGCAGAUUAAGAUGACAGAAGAUCACAGAGUAAGUAGUUACUCUGAAAGACUUCGACUUAAUGAAACUGGAGUACCAUUGAGAGAUGGGGAAACACGGCUUUAUGGUUUGAACCUUGCUCGAAUGCUUGGUGACAAAUUUCUGAAACAGCAGGAACCCCGCUUUAGUUCAGAGCCUUAUAUAAGUGAAGCCAUACAUAUUAAUCAAGAAAGUGGUGCUUUUGCACUAUUGGCAAGUGAUGGCUUUUGGGAUGUCAUCAGUCUUAAGAAGGCCGCCCAGCUUGUCACGCAGGCAAAGGAAAGAUAUUUCGAAGAAGGAGGGAAUAUUUCGGAGAAGGUUGCAAAUUUUUUGUUGAGCGAGGCUAAAACAUUGCGAACAAAGGACAACACCUCUAUACUUUUCUUGGAGUUUGACAGAAAAUUUAGAAUAUCUUGUAAAGUUGAUUCUUGAUAUAAAUCACAAGUUUUAGUGUACAUUUAUAAAAAUUUUCUCUCGUUUUCUUCUUUUGA